UAUACUUUAUACAUUUGUUGAGUGUUCACUGUACAUGACAUGUAAUCUUGAGUGUUCUAAAAAAACUGCUGUAGCAUUGGGUGGUAAUAAACGUCAUUUAAAAUUUUGUUGUCGAAAUCAUAUUUUUAAGAAAAUAGUGUUUUACGAGUAAAUUUCGAAAAAAAAAUCCAUCAAAAUGUUUAGUUGGUUAUCGAAGGAAAACAGUAAACAAGAAAUGUACGAGUCAGUGGUAUCGGGUUUGAAAUCAAUUUAUCGUGAAAAGUUACUACCUUUGGAACAACAUUAUCAGUUCCAUGAUUUUCAUUCACCACAAUUGGACGAUCCAGAUUUCGAUGCAAAACCAUUGAUCCUCCUGGUUGGACAAUAUUCCACUGGUAAAACAACAUUUAUACAAUAUUUGUUAGAACGAGAUUUUCCUGGAAUACGAAUUGGUCCGGAACCGACAACAGAUCGUUUUAUAGCGGUUAUGUACGAUGAAAAAGAAGGUGUUAUCCCUGGUAACGCGCUUGUUGUGGACCCAAAACGACAAUUUCGUCCAUUAUCUAAGUUUGGUAACGCAUUUUUGAAUCGAUUUCAAUGUUCACUUGUUUCGUCGCCAGUGUUAAAAGGUAUUUCGAUUGUGGAUACACCGGGUAUUUUAUCCGGUGAAAAACAACGAGUGGAUCGUGGAUACGAUUUUACGGGUGUGUUGGAAUGGUUUGCGGAACGUGUGGAUCGAAUUAUUUUAUUGUUUGAUGCACAUAAAUUGGAUAUUUCGGAUGAGUUUCGACGAUCGAUUGAAGCGCUUCGAGGACAUGACGAUAAAAUUCGAAUUGUGUUAAAUAAAGCGGAUAUGAUCGAUCAUCAACAGUUAAUGCGAGUUUAUGGUGCGUUAAUGUGGUCGUUAGGGAAAGUUUUACAAACACCGGAAGUGGCGAGAGUGUAUAUUGGAUCAUUCUGGGAUAAACCGUUACGGUAUGAUGUGAAUCGAAAACUUUUCGAAGAUGAAGAACAAGAUUUAUUUAAAGAUUUACAAUCGUUACCACGUAAUGCGGCGUUACGUAAAUUAAACGAUUUAAUAAAACGUGCGCGUUUAGCAAAAGUUCAUGCGUAUAUAAUCGCGGAGUUACGUAAAGAUAUGCCGUCGAUGUUUGGUAAAGACGGUAAGAAAAAGGAGUUGAUUAAGAAUUUAGGACAAAUUUAUGAUAAAUUACAAAAAGAACAUCAAAUAUCACCCGGUGAUUUCCCAGAAUUACGAAAAAUGCAAGAAAAUUUACAGAAUCAUGAUUUUACGAAAUUCCAUCCGAUUAAACAACGAUUAUUGGAUGUUGUGGAUAAAAUGUUAGCUGAAGAUAUUUCGAAAUUAAUGUCGAUGAUCCCACAGGAUGAAGAAAUCCAUGAUAUUGAACCAUUGGUUCAAGGAGGUGCCUUCGAAGGAGUCAGUGACGUCUCAUCACCAUUUGGUUAUAAACGUGGAGAAGGUGUUGACGCUGGUGCUGGUGAUCCUGAAUGGAUUAUUGCCAAAGAUAAGAAACAAUAUGAUGAAAUGUUUAAUAAACUAUCACCGGUUGAUGGUAAAAUUACUGGAGCAGCUGCAAAAUCCCAAAUGGUUCAAUCAAAAUUACCGAACUCAGUACUAGCAAAAAUAUGGAAAUUAUCCGAUAUCGAUAAAGAUGGAUUUUUGGACGAUGAUGAAUUUGCAUUGGCAAUGCAUUUAAUCAACAUUAAAAUCGAUGGACACGAUUUACCAACAGAAUUACCACAACAUUUAAUACCACCAUCAAAAAAACAAAAUAAGAAAGUUCUAAAUUCAAAUAACACUAACGAACAUUUUAAGGACUGUGAUCAAUAAUUUAAAGAAAUCAAUUCUUUUUUUUUUUUUAUAUAUAUAUAUAUAAAAUAUUAUAAACAAAUUUUUAUGUAAACAAAUUUA